UUAUCUCUAGGUCCAGAGAAUUAUUAUGUAAAAGAUUUACACGAAUUCACUGCAGCACUGGAUGAAUUUUCAAGAUGCUUGGAUCGACAAUUCAAAAUUAUCAACAAUUGGGAACACUUUGCCAAAACUCUAAAUGUUCCCUCGGCCGUUAUACGUACAUGCAAACUGUACUCCGAGGAUAGUCCAACAAUAAGACUGUUUAGAUACCUGGAGGUAACAAAGCCUGAUAUGACGUUGGUGAUCUUCAUGCUGCCCUAUCAAAAAAUCAACAAAGAGCCCGGCAUGACUUGGCCAGAUUGCUCGAAGAUAUGGACAAUGAACGUAAGAUAUCAGAAGCUAUCACCAAUUCCACAUCUGACAUCAUGGAUAAGAUUGCAUUAAAGCUUGAUUCUGCUUCAACACCAACAUGUACUUGGAUGGAAUUUGGUCUUGAACUAGGGAUAACCCGUGACAAACUUAAGGAAUUUGAAAUGUACACUAGCUACAAUCCAACAGAAGCACUAUUCAGAUAUGUUUACUCAGCAAGUGGAAAACAGAUUAAAGCAAGUGUGAUUAUUGGUUACUUGGAACAGAUGAAUAGAUGGGAUAUCCUUACAGAGGUUUUUCAAACAAUGCGGCUGUUAACAGACAUUGCCAAAGAUGCCCAAGACAUUUUCAAACUUGGUUCAGAACUUCUUGAAACAAUUUCCAGGAAGUUAAAUGAAGAUUGUCCAGGUGUGGGAGGCUGGAGGGUACUUGCUAGACGUCUGAUAGCUGACCAUUACAUUGAUGACCCAGACAUCAUAUCAGAGCUGGAGCCACCACAUCAGCAUGAAAUUCACAGUUCAACAAAGAAAAUCAUUGAAUGGCUUUCAGCCAAUAAACCAGAUGUCACCAUUGGUGAAUUAAUUGCAAAAUGUGGAGAAAUUAAUCGUAAAGAUGCUGUGGAAAUCCUGACACGAUACUUUCCCAGGUCUGCUCAUGCGCAAAUUCUUCAAAAUGACUGGAAAAACUUUGGUUUACCGCCUAAAUCAACGACCAAAAUGAUUGGUCGAGAAAAGGACAAGGAGGAUUUGAUUGAAGAGAUUGUAGAUGGUAAAAAUCCCCUUAUUGUGCUUCAUGCUGCUACAGGAUAUGGAAAGGAAACACUAGCAGUUGCAACAGCCUAUGAACUCAUUGAAAACCAUGAUUACACGUGCAUAUAUGUGGAUGUCGAUCGUAUCAAAGUUGAUAAUAGUGCCAUUACUGUUGAAGAGCUCGCUUCCAAAAUCUUGGAAACUUGUGGAAUUCCAUUUCCAACAAUGGAAGACAAGAAAGAAGUGCAGGAGCUCUUCAAAAAAGUUACCAGAAAAUGUCUUCUUAUUUUAGAUAACUUUGAUCAAGCAUUUUAUGCUGAAAAUAAGAGAAUUGACAGUAUGGACAACAGGUCAUAUAUAAACAAUUACAGAUUGCCUAGAACAUCAUCCCACUCAUCAUCCCACGUCCCCGUCCCAAUAAUUUGCAGUACGUCAAGACCAGCUAUGUCAAGAUCAGGUAGUUCACACAGCGUUAUGGUCUCUCGAGCUCAAAAAUGGUCUCGCAGUACGUCAAGAUCAGCUAUAUCAGGACCAGCUAUGUCGCGAUCAGGUAGUUCACACAGCGUCAUGCUUUCUCGAGCUCAAAAAUGGUCUCGCAGUACGUCAAGAUCAGCUAUAUCAGGACCAGCUAUGUCGCGAUCAGGUAGUUCACCCAGCGUAAUGGUCUCACGCGCUCCUAAUAAACGGUCUUUUUUUGCUCUACUCAGAUCAGUCAGUGUACAAAACCUUCCUGAAACAUCCAACAACGGUUCACCAGUGGCAGUCGAGAGGAGAUCACUCAGAUCACUCAAAGAAAAUAAUGGCAUUUACCACACUAGUUCUGUUAAUGCCUUACCAGGCACUGACAGAAACACAAACCAAGCGACUUGGCCUGACGAUGUCUUCCAUGACACUGAUAUAAACCCAAACCAAGCGACUUGGCCUGACGAUGUCUUCUCUGAUACUGACAGAAACCCAAACCAGGAGAUGACUAGAAAGGAGGAAUUUCAAAUGUUUAUUGGGGAUUUAUUGAAAUAUUCCUCAAGGUUGAAAAUCCUUGCCACAGCCUGGGAGUCGUUCUCUACAUCGGUUGACACCAAAGUAGUUGAGUUGCCGCCACUGACGAAGUCCGAUUCAGAAGAGAUUGUUUUGAGUAGAUGUGGAAUGGAUAGAUCCAUUAUCACAAGUGAUCUAAUAAACCUUGUCCUAGAAGGCUGUAGCGGCAUCCCACAACUUCUUCGUAACGCUGCAAUGGUAAAUGUCAGAUUUGGAUUUGAAGAUUUAGCUUCAAGUCCACCUGAACGACAAUUGAAAUUGUUGUGUCCAAGCUACAUGAGCCCAAAAGAGCGUUUCGAUCAUCGUCUUCGUGUUUGCUUUGAUCGUCUUCACGACAUUUCACGAAAGGUUCUCAUGGUGGUUUCAGUGCUACCAGGCUUCUUCACACUUGACGAGGCUGCAACGAUCUUCAAGGACGCAGAGAACAUUUCUUCGAAAGAGGAACUUCAGGAUGGGUUAACUGAUUUGGUGAACUUCAGCUUCCUGUCUUACAACCAAGAGCGAAAGGGGUAUUAUUUACGUCCUGCCAUGAGAUCGUUUGCAAUCUAUGAAGCAACAUUUCUAUCGGUCAUUUCCACAACUGAUAGUGAUCUGUAUGAAAAUGAAUUGGGUCGUUCAUACAAGGAAGGCAUUUCGCGUUUUGUGCAUUACACAUUUCACAUCACCUUCAUGGAGAUCGAAAAUGAUUUCUUCAGCAUCCGCAGUGAAAAUGCCGUACAGAGAUACAGAGAACAAGAGGCGAAUCUCAGAAAAAUAGCAAACUGGUGCAUUUCCAAUACACUCGAUAAAGACCAAGAAAUGAAGCGCCUCAGGUACCACAUCAACAAUGUAUUCGUUGAUUGUUACUUGGUUACAGUCACGUUGGUGGAAGACCAUUUAUUAAAGACGAUCCUGAGUAUAUUUUCACGUUUUUAUCGUUGUGAGGAUGGUGGAUUUAUAAACACAGAGAGCAAGAAGAAAUAUGUCGAACGUCUGACAAUUGCCGGAGUUGCAUGCAUUUCGAGCUGUCACUGUGUACCCCAACCAUGCCAGAAACGAAGGAAACAAGCAAUGUUUUACUUCAAUAAAGUUCUGGAGGAAUUGUGCAGUAGUCCUCGGACUGUUUCCAGUUUGCAUAAACAGCUCAAAAGCGUGUCCAAGUGCAAGAUUAUGUCCAGAGGAAUUCAAAUAGAAUUCCUUCUUAAGUAUGGAAAGUGCUUGAUUUUGGAAGAAAGAAAGAAAGAUGGAUUGAAAUUCAUCGAAAAAGGGAUUAAAAUAAGCAAAAAAGUGUUCAAGAAGUCAAAUUCUAACAAAGAUCGCGUUAUGGUGGCAGUUGGCUACAAUGACCUUGCAAGUGCCUACAGCUAUAAUAACGAUGCGAAUGUAACAGCCAUUCAAAUAAGGCAAAGCAAAGUCCUACCGGUUUAUGAAGAGCAUCUUGGUCGCCAUCCAUUCACAGCCAGUGCUCUCAGGAGUUUAGCCCAUAACUUCCUAGCACUAGGUUCUUACGAAGAAGCCCUCGAAGUAUGCCAAAUAGCUCUGUCCCACAGAAAACAAUUGUUUGGCGAACACUCUGAAACUGCUCGUUCUCUGUUUGAUAUGGGACAAAUCUUACGAAAACAAGCGAGUAAUAGUCAAAAUCCAGAAGAUAAACACAAGAGGUAUGAAGACGCCCUUUCGUGUCUGAAUGAUGCUCUGGAAAUGCGUCAGCAUCUGGCACCCACAUCUGUAGAAACGACACAAAAUCAUCAAGAAAUAGCUCACGUGUUGAAUUCCUUAGGAAGAGAUGAAGAGGCUAGAACGCACGAAGAAAAAGCAAGCGAUUGUAGUAAGCACAUUGACAUUCAGUCGAACAUUCCAAUUUGUAAGCGUCUCGAUAUGUACGACUGAUACUCUAAGCUUGGACACUUACUAAAUCAUUAUAGCAAUGACAAACUCAGGCAAAGAGACGAAAACUGCGCAUGCCUUAACGACCUAGAGAUACGAAUUAUAUUAUAUCUUUUUUUUCUUAGACAUUAUGCCGAGCGUCUCAGGUUUUCGCUAGAUUAAUGCUUAUAACAUUCUCAGUGUAUGUAAUUAACUUUUGAACGUUGUGAAAUGAUGAUUAUAAUCCAUUCACCUCUAACAUUAUACUUGAUGACACUGAUGCAGUGAUGUUUGCAAAAGAGGAUUUGUAUAGAUUUUGCACUCCAAUUAUGUGAUCGAUGAUUUUAAUAUAGGAAACAGAACAUACUUUUUUAAUUUAAAAUUGAAACUAAAUUUCGAAAUGCAAUGUCACCGAACAAUCCGAUCAUAGGUAAAAGUCUUCUUCACAGCAUCUCUGCGCCAUCUUGAGAAUUCGAGACGACCGGUGAUCGAUCUUGCAAGGGCUGGUCAGGGCCCAGGGUGUGGAGGAGACUGCUUUUGGGGCAAUUUAUACAACUAAUUCCACUUGUAGAAUAGAAUGAUGCCGUGAAACGGUUUAGGUAGAUAAUGCAUCUUUAUUUAAAUAAACAAACAAACCAAUUCGUAUUCAAUUAAAUAGUGUCAUGAUUAUA